GGAUAUCAAAAAUAUUUUUUCAUAUAGCAACUGAUUGAUAGCCAUUUUGAAGAGCCUUUUGUUGGUGUUUUGUGAAUGUUUUCAAGUAAAUUUUGUAAUAAACCAUUGAUAUAAAAGUAAAUUGGCUAUUGGAAAAUCAUUGCGGGCUACAAACACCAAAUCAUUACAUGUCAUCACUUUGUGUUGUUUGUUUGUGAAGUCGCAUUGUGAAAAAAAAAAGAACCGGAAAGGACUCCGCUGUAUUAGGUUUUAUUUUACAUUUAGUGAGGGGUAAAUAAGGAACAAUAAAUCAAUCAACUCUUUUGUUGAAGUUAUUUAGUGAAGUGUAAUUGAAUCAAAGCAUUUACGUCGCGUGUAUUCCUUCGACGUAAAUUUGGAUUGUCACAAGAUGGCCGCCAUCGGAUGCUCGCUCCGCCGAAACCCGCUCUCAAAGCGCGAUGUGUCACCCACGGGCGCCCGUUUGGCCGCCAACAUGCUGUGAGCCGGCGUCGGGCGGCGCGCUGCGCUCUCCGGCCCCUACCGGCGAGGUUCCAUUUCGUAAAAUGGAAUUUCGCUCGAGGCGCCAAAAUACGAUGGGUGUUGACAGCGCUCCAGUACCGUACCGUUACUCCGACGGCCGAUCAAAAUAAUCGUAGACAAAGAUGAGCGAGCCGGAAGACGUCGGAAAGGAUGUGUGGAAGCGAUGGAUACUCGAGGCGAUUCGGAAAAUACGUUCACAAAAACAGCGGCCGAGCGUGGAGCGCAUCUGUCACGCGAUCAGGCAGCACCACAACUAUCAUGAGGACGUGGUCUCCGAGCGCCUAGAGCGGGCCGUGCGCGAGGGCGCCGUGCUGAAAGUGUACAACAAGGGGCAGAGCUCGUACAAGGACCCAGGGGGGUUGCAAAGCAGGACUCUUAGGAUAGCACCGGACAUUGAUGUGUCGCGGGCAGUGGCUAAAGCAGUGCGUGAGUUAGGUGAACGGGACGGUAGUGACUUAAAGACUAUAGAGAAACACCUGCAGCAGGCAUACCAAGUGACUGUGGACCCUGAAGUGGAUGUGCGUACAGUGUUGAAGGCCGCAGCGAAGCGGGCCGUUACUAGGGGGUUGAUAACCCACCAUCAGGGAUUUUAUAAGGCUACGGAGAGACCAAGGGCUGGGUCACAUGAGCGAACUCCGAAGCAGAAGAAGAAUCAGGAACCAGAAAAGAGCCCCGAAGGUCUGCCCAUCUGCGCCGAGUGCCUGGGCACGGAGACGCGCAAUAGCAGCGGCGAGCCCGAGCCGCUCAUCAGCUGCCAGCAGUGCAAGUCGUACGCGCACCCCACGUGCCUCAACCUUCUGGACCACACCACACAGACUACUUUAAAGGCGCUGCGCUGGUCGUGCGGCGAGUGCGCGUGGUGCUCGGUGUGCGGCAGCGCGGGCGGCUGGGCGGCGCGCUGCGCGUGCUGCUCGGGCGCCGCGCCCCGCUACGCGCACGCGCACUGCGCGCCGCCGCCCUGGCGCUGCGCCGUCUGCAAGGACAUGCCCGCUACUCCGAAGCGGUCGGGUGGUGCGCCGACGCCGCGGACGAAGAAGGCGCGCACGCGCCGCGCGGCCUCGGACUCCGAGCCAUCCGACGGUAAUGACCCCGCGCCGCUCGACCAGAUAAUGUCCAAGGAGAAACAAAAGUUUUUCAGAUUCAGCGCCUUCAACCUCGUCAAGCGGCGGCGCGACUCCAGCGACUGGGAGGGCUGGGACCGGGCGAGGUUCAACGGGGUCCGGGUCACGAGGGUCCAGAGGCUGGAACUGCGCUUAGAGCGCCGGAGGCGACAGCCCUCGACCGACUCGGAUUCCUCCCCCCCGUCCCCCCCUCGGGAACACUUCUCCCCACCCUUAAGGUCUCCCGUCCACACGCCGACCAUCUUCGAGCGACUCGCCAGCGACCCCUGCAAAGGCGCCUGGGGUUUCGCCGCCGAAGCGCAGAAGCAGCGGCAAAUCGAGGAACCCGUAAUAAAGCGACGCUCGGAGUCCCCUAGAAAACAGAAAUUAGAGCCGAGAAGGAUAGCGCGCCGACGCAGCAGAUGCGGCGAACGGUUACUGACUACCUUAUUCGACGGCCUCUCGGAGUUUUACUCGGUACGAACGGAAUCUAGAUCCCAAUCGAGGCAUCGCGGCCGGCCUCGAAGAGAAAAAUCCGUCCGACGCGAAUCGCUAACGGAGUCCAGAGAAACCGAGCGGCAGGUCUUAAAAGAGACCCGCAGUACGUUCCGCAAGCACUUAGAGACGUUAAAGCGCGAGCGCAGCCCGAGCGCGCCCCCAGAUUACAUGAAAGAGGAGUGCAACAGUAUACUGUCGGCUUCGUCGCUAGUGCGCCUGGCGGCGGCGAAGCGGCACGCGCGCGACGACAGCGAGAAGCUGUACCGCGCGCUCGCGGAGGACCGAGCCCCGGCCAGCAAUCAGACGGAGAGCAAGAAGCUCCCCCCGGGCGUGACGGCUGGCGACGCGUCGCUGUUCACGGCGGCGCUCGCGGCCGUGGCGGCGCCCGAGCCCGCGCCGCAGCCCGCGCCCGCCGCGCCGCCGCGCUGCCCCUCCGCCAUCGAGUUCGGCCAAUGGGAGAUCGACACGUGGUACUCCAGCCCCUUCCCGCAGGAGUAUGCCAGGCUACCCAAGCUAUUCCUGUGCGAGUUCUGCCUUAAAUACGCCAAAAGUCGGGCCGUGCUCAUGCGGCACCUCGACAAGUGCCUGUGGCGGCACCCGCCCGCCACCGAGAUCUACCGCUGCGGCGACAUAUCCGUCUUCGAAGUCGACGGCAACGCCAACAAGAUCUACUGCCAGAACCUCUGCCUACUCGCCAAACUCUUCCUCGACCACAAAACGCUCUACUACGACGUUGAACCGUUCCUAUUCUACGUGCUGACGAAAAAUGAUAAUAAAGGAUGCCAUCUCGUCGGAUAUUUUUCGAAAGAGAAGCAUUGCCAGCAGAAGUACAAUGUGUCGUGCAUUAUGACGAUGCCGCAGUACCAGAGGCAGGGCUACGGGCGGUUUCUCAUCCAUUUUAGUUAUUUAUUAUCAAAAGAGGAAGGUCAACCCGGAACACCAGAAAAACCUCUAUCCGACCUCGGCCGAGUGUCGUACCACGCUUACUGGAAGUCGGUCAUACUAGAGUUCCUCCACGACCAUAAAGACAAACCGUUCACGCUCGAGGACAUCGCGCAUACAACGGGCAUGCACAUGAACGACAUCGCCGCCACCUUCCAACUGCUCGGUUUCGUCAGAUACCUACCCAACAAUGACUCGAUGAAACUAGGACUCUGCAUAGACUGGAAUAAGGUCGAUAGUCACGUGAAAAAAUUAAGAAGUAGACCGCGGUUGGAAAUCGACCCGGAAUGUCUUAGGUGGACGCCGCUUCUGGCCCCAACCAUCAACCCCUUCAGGUCGCCCGACGAAGGCUCUGCAGACCAGGACACUGAGAACGACGAGGAAAUGAAAACUGAGAGCGAAGACACAGCGACAGAACCUGAAACACCAGUCACCAAAGCGGAGACCAAGUUGAAGACCAAAAUUGAAAAGGACAAGACCCCUGAACCUGUUGAGGUCACCUCAUCCGGACGACGGCGGACGAGACCUCUCAAGUACAGUGAAACUACUUAUCAGACCACUCCCACGCUCGCUCAGGAGGGCGGCAGAAAGAGGAAACGGGAUGUAAACAGAAAGCUAUCCGAAUCCAACUUAACUGAGGACGAUAAAAAACCAGAGGAGACGACUCCGCGGCAACAAAGAAGUAAAAGUGUUGCGAGGCGGUCAUCCAGAGUCGCUCUGAACGAGCUCAACGAAGACUCCAACCCUACUCCGACACCUAGAAGCAGGAGACAGAGUGUUAAAGAAAAAGAGACAUACGCCUCAGAUAGCCAGGAUAGCCAAGAAGACACCCUCGACACUUCAGUCGCAGCGACAGCCAGUGUCAAAGCGAAAGCGAAGCGAAAACAUCCCUGGCGCGGUCGCCCUAAGAAGCGACAAAAGGUCACCAAAACUAAUAAAGUCAGAACUGAUUCCCCUGACGCAAAGAAAGCGAAAAUGGACGAGGAAACCAACUGCAAAACUGACGACGACUCCAUGGAGGAAGAAAAACCCAAAUCGCCUGUUCAAAACCACAAUUCCCCUAAGAGUCAAGAUGUCGAAAAACCCAAGGAGACAAGCAAGAAUUCAGACAGCUCUGAGGACUCUUCUGGGGAGGCUGAUGAUGAAAUGGAUGUGGAAGAGGUAGACGAUAAAAUAAGUGUAUCCAGCAAACCCGCCAGUCCUCGGCAAGUAGAAGAGAACAGCACAGAUCAUCACACAAGUGACAUGGAACUUGACAGCAUACACAUGGAUUCACCAAAAUCUAUAGCUGAGAAAGAACAAGUCAUCAAAGAAACCUCCACUGAAGACAGUGAGAAAAAUGACAAACCCAGUGAAGACGUAGAAUCACCCGCUGUCAACGCUACUGAAUCAAAACCGGAGUCGCAGUCGCAAAAAGUAGAUGAGCAGGCAGAAGCGAAAAAUGGCGAAAUCCAGUCGCCAUCUAAACCUUCGCUAGACGACAAAGAGACUAUAGUCAUAUCAGAAUCAGACGACAAUAACAGCCAAAGUUGUCCACUGCCUUCUCCUAAACCCAACAACACGGUGCCGGCGCAAACUAACAAUGAAAACAAACCUAAAGAGGUUGAAGAAAACGAAAGCCCUUCUAAGGUUAUACCUGUUGUGUCCACGGAGAACGCUCACAUAGUGCUAGACCACAAGAUUCAGGAGGAAGUGAAUCCAAGUAGACCACCACCGGUAGAUCUUAUUGUCCCUAAAAUACAUCAGAUAGAAACUAUAGUAGUUGAAGGAGAGUCUGACAAUGGCCCAUCGCCCCAUGUCAAUACGCCACCAAAACUGAAUGAUAAAUCUGUUAUCAACGAGUCUCCAAAACUAAAAAGGACCCCAGAAAAAGUAAAUUCUGAAUGUGAACAGAAAAAGUGUGAAAUAAGAAAGGAAACGGUAAUACAACAUCAGGCUAUGGACGAGCUUAAAAGUCCAGAAAAAAAGUCUCCAACUAAACCUGACUCGAUCAUUCAGAAUGUGGACCUUCAAAGAGACAUGAGCAAUAUGAAAUUACCCGAAAUGCCAAAACUUGAUUCCUACACAGAUCUACCAGAUAGGAAUAAAUCUCAAAAUUGCGUUGUUGGCAAAGAAAGCGAAAUCACUUUUAGAAAUGACUUGGUUAAUCCAAGAAAAGACGAGAUGGUCAUCACUAGAAAUGUCAUAGAACCAAAUAUGAUCAACUACCAGAAUACAGUGAGCAACUCCAUGACGAUACAGCAAAUUAAUACGGCGCAGCACUCCUACCUCAACCAUAGAGCCAGCGUCAGCAAGGAGUCUCAAUCUGUUCAAACUGACAAAGUGAUGAAGACCAGUGAAGCUAACAGAGUUAACAGCAUGUCUGACUCGCCUGUGAUAAGCAAACCGACCAAACUAGAAGUGCCUCAUCCCAUUACGUCCCCCGUCAUCAACCCAGUGAUACCCAAAGUACCCAAUGUUACAGAUAUCAAUUUUUUACCUAGAUGCCAAAGCGCCAAUGCCGCUGUUAACCUGGGCUCUGAAAUGGACCCUAAUUUUGCGAACAGCAAUGCUAUCCAGAAUUCUCUCGGAGGCUCCAUGAGCAUCGUCCAAUGUAGCUCGCAGGAUAAAGACUUAAAACCGAGGGAGAAAAGCAAGCUCAGAGAUGUAAGAGUGAAUUCAGCUCACAGCAAAUUGGAAAAACCGGAAAAGAAAAGCAAGAAUGACACUCCUAGAAGCACGCCGGAACCUAAAGUCGUUUUUUUUCCAGAGCAAACCGCUAACGCGCGAAAGCCGGAGACGUCGGUUCCUAUAAACGUCAUCAACACCAACUCCGGCCCCGUCACAAGCAAGCCAGAGACUAAACCGACCAACGAAGCGCCGAAGAAGCAAGAUUUUUUUAAGAAAGAGAAAACUAACACCGCCAAAUGUGAUUCAAAAAACAACACAGUCAAACAUGACAAAACUUGCACUACGCAACUCGCCUUAAAACCGGACCAAAAUGAUCUAAACAAAAUGCUGCCCAAGCUUCGCUAUGAUAACGAUCUUGUUCCAAAAGACUAUCCCAUGAAUCAAAUCCCUAACUACCACACAUCUCAUGCUCAGUACCAGUGGCCGCCUUGGGACCCAGCACGCCUGGCACAAGGCACAUGGGACCAUAACAGAUUUCUCGACAUGAAAAACAGCGAUAAAAACUACCUGGACAAAUUCCAGGGUUUCAACCUACCUCAUCUUGAACAGAUGCAGAAAUCGCCCCAAAAGCUCCAUCCGAAAUAUGAUCAGAAAGAUUUCCAUAACAUCGCUUACGGAGCGAUUUCAUCCGGCAUCUACGCCACUACGGGCCUUCCGCAUUUUAAAGAAACUAAAGCACCAACUUCAAAAGCCUCGGAAUGCUCGCAGAAGAACGAUUGUAAACCUUCCAAGCAAUCCAAAACGACCACGGCUUGUCAAACGCAGUGCGAGCCGAAAAAAUCUCAGGCGCAAAACGAGGCUCAAAUGAAACAGAUGAUGCAACGCCAAGUCAAACAACAGGAAGCCGUCACCAGCUGCGCCGAAUACCGACAGCAAAGCCCUCAAAUACUAACCUCCCCCGGCUGUAAAACUCCUUUCAACAACGGUCCAUGUAGCCAAGAGAAAGAAAUAGAAAAGAAGAGUAGACAAAAGAAGGAGGAAUCGCCUAAAGACAGUAAGGAGGAAAUGUGCGAAGCGGUCAGCCCGGCUUUGCAAUCUAUGGGAGUUUAUACUCCAGACUCGACCAGCAAUUCUGUACAUUCAGUGCAGUACCCCUCCUGUGAACUCGACGUAUCGCAACUAGGCUUAGAAUCGCCCUCAAGUAUCGGAUCGGAUCUGGCGUCCCCGUGCUACAUGCACGCGACGCCGUCGCCGCAGUACCCGCACUCGGCGAUACACAUCCCUUCGAUCAUGACGCAGCCCAACCAGCCGCCGAAACAGCAGAAGAUUAACAACAGGAAUAGAAACGCCGGCGCGAGUAGCGGAGCGGGCGCGGGCGCAGGCGCGGGCGGCGCCAAGAGCGAGCCCGCCAUGCGCGGCGCCGCCACUCCCCCCGCUAGACACCGCACCACUCCCCCAGCUCAUCAGCCACACGCGGGAGGCGGAGCAGCAUCAGGCGGCGCAAGCGCAGGCUACCAGGGCGGGUACCUCUCCUUCCAGCAGCAGCAGCAGUACCACGGAGGGGGGUGGGCGCCUUCCUGCUCGCUCGCCAAGCUGCAGCAGAUGGCCGAGGCGCCGCAACACCACCACCAGCAGUACGCGCAGCAGGCGGGCGGCGCGCAGCACUACCACAAGUACUACCCGGCGCCCAACCAGCUCGACGCGGCGCGCACCCGCACGCACUCCGCGCCCGCGCCCGCGCCCAGCAACCUGUCGCCGAUGCAGCACAUGCAGAUGGCGCCUACGUCGCGCAUGUCGCCCAACCUCAACUCUCACAUCAUCUCGCAGUAUGGCGUCGGCCUGGCCAACUCGUACCGCAUGCCGCCGCAGCAGCAAUUCAACAAUCUGCAAAUGAUGAACGUCAACACACCCGUGCAGUACUCCAGCCCGGACCCGAGAGCCCAGCAACCAAAUGUGUAUGCCUAUGGCUAUAUCAAUGCCCCGUCGGCUCUCGGGCUGCAGAGCCUGAACUCGACCAUGCGUCGGUAGCCCAAACCUAAGCCGGGUGACCC